CUUCUUAAAUUACAUAUGCCACCAGUUUGCACGAUAUUCCCUACAUCGAUACUCAUACAAAAAAAGAAAGAUAACGGUGCCAAAGGGUGCGCUGUUGUCACCGAUUCCUCCUCUCCCCAGGGCCCUACCAAAGUCAGCGCUUGCGUCAGUGCAGUUCUUGUGGCCUUACCAAGAAGGCGUGUCGGGUUCCAGUUGGCCGGUCCGGGAGGUGCGCGGGAGACAAAAGCUGCAGAACAACAAAAACAAAAAGCUCGCACAAUGACUGGUUCAGAAAAGAGGCCUCGCCAAAAGAAAGAAGUGCGGCGCCAUGUGUCACUCAUGCGACAAGUGGCGAGGCAGGUGAUGAGCAAUCGGGACCCACACGACGCUCGGCCUGUUCCCAGUCCGCCCUGGUGGUCGACGGUGUUCUCCAGUCGCUACAAGACCGAGAUGUGCCACCACCUGGAAGAGCAGGGCUUCUGCAGCUUCGGCGCCGGCUGCGUCUACGCGCACAGCGCGGCCGAGCUGCGGCCCUUGCAGAGGCACCCCAAGCACCGGUCGCAACUCUGCAAGGACUUCCACGAAGAGGGCUUCUGCAGCUUCGGCGGCCGCUGUAGCUUCAUCCACACCAAGCGGGAGACGGCCGACAUCGUGAACGAUGUGCUGAACAACAUGCGCCUGGCGCCCCCGAUGCCCGAGAACCCGGUCACCGCCGCCGCCUCCGCCUCCUCCUCGACGGGCGGCUCUCGCUCGUCCACCCCGGCCAGCUGGAGCAGCUGCGACCAGGGCGACAACGCGCAGAGCUCGGUGGCUGACACCGGUGGCGGAGGCGGGGAGACGGCUGCGGCUUUAGGGGACGAAUCCCCGCCACCCACCAAGAAACGCAAGCGGCGAGCGCAGGGAAAGAAGAACGCGUCCCUGGACCCUCGCUGGAAUCCAGGUACGUGGAAGCGCGACGAGUCCGACCUGCCUCCUUUGGCCCUGGAGCCGAGUCUGCUGGACGCUCCGCUGGAGCCCGACUUCCGCCGGCGCUGGACUUACCGGUGGAGGGACAUGCCGUACCGCCGCCUCGACGUCUUCGAGCAGCUCUGCCCGCGCGACGGCUGAACGACGGGCGCACCAAGCUCGACACACGGACGACACAUCGCCGCUCGGCGACACAGAUUGACGACGUGCGCUUUUCUACGCACCGACGACAUUUCGCACGUGCGCCGUCACACCUUUGACUUAAGCAAACUAUAUUGACGGCUAUAUCAUAUCCGUGUGAGCAUGCAAGGAGCGUAUAUAGAUUAACGCGGAAUUGCGGGUGACGCGGCGUAGCUGUUCGAGUACCUCGAUGGGUGUUUGACAUUCUUAUCACGAAAUCCUUUAAGGUAAAUUGCCUCUGUGCAUUUGAUUGCGCUUGCAUUCUUGCAGUACGAAUUGCAGUGAACGUUUGUAAUGCAAUAACAGCGCGGAUACGAGGGGUAAAUCGUCAACUACGCUAGCGGGAAUAACCUUGUUGAGAACUGCGUGGUAACACGGGUACAUAUGCAAGUUAUAUCUAAGAAGUCAUUGAUGCGCGAACGUACUGUCGUGCUAGAGAGGAAGAUUUAGAAUUUUCCUGCUGUAACGAACUCUGUUAAGCUUCACAUGUGAUAAAGCUGGUAGUUGGUUUCGAGCACAAAAAAGAAAAUGACCCGUCUGCAUCGUGAAUGGGCCCGGUGACAAAAUAUAAGCGUAGCAGACUAUUUGAAGGGCCUUCUCUAGGCUUUAAACGCCGGAUGACUGUAUUACGGAAGGUAUUGAUGGGGUCUACAAUUGAACGUGGAAGAGGGCAGGCUUCUCCGAUGAAUAGUUUAUCAUUACCUAGUUUUUAAUUUGUUGAAUCAUAUACGUCCACGACUUCCACGGGCAUUGUUUUGCUGAAAGUGGUUGUCUCACGUAAAAUAUCUCAUUUUUGCGUAAAGCCCGUCGCACUAUUUAUUACGCGACUACGUUUCCUGCGACUCGUAGACGUGCCUUAUAUAUAGCUAUACAAUAUAGGGCCAACUCAGAUUACGAGCCCGCUAUUGGGCGACAUCUGCAUCACAGCAGUGCAAAUGCUAUUUUAUUGUCACCCAGAUACAAGGUAAAGAAUUUACCACGGAAUAUUUGGGGAAUAUUUGGAUAGAAUUUAUUAGGCCCCUUUUAUAAGCAUUUGACGAGCGCCAAUUUUUGCGCGAAACGUGUACCUGUCCUAUUUGUGAGGCCCGAUUUUGGAACGGCAUGCUAUUUAUAAAAAUGUAUAUGAAAUAAUAAAUUGAAGUGAAGUCAA